AUGGAGAACAUCACAUCCACUUUACAGGACUUCCCGCGGGGUCUGAACUUAACCAAAAUGCCUCAGAAACCGCUGGAAGAGCAGGUCGUCACCAUCCUCCUCACUCUGCUGAUCUGCGGAGUUGGUAUCGCCGUGGAACGGUACAUCGCGAUAUGCCACUCGAUCAAGGCCCAGUUCAUCUGCACGGUCUCCAGAGCUAAACGAAUCAUUGCCGGGGUUUGGCUUUUCACGUCUCUCUAUUGCGUCAUGUGGUUUUUCCUGGUGGACUUGAACAAAACGGUCUAUUCGAACGGUGUGGUGGUGACUUGUGGCUACAGGGUGUCCCGCAGUCUCUAUAUGCCUGUGUAUUUCCUGGACUUUGCUCUGUUCUAUGUGGUCCCGCUGUUCGUGGCUAUGGUUUUGUACGGACUCAUAGCCAAGAUCCUCUACAUGAGUCCGCUGCCCCCCCACCUGAACGACAGGGGGGGGUCUGUGCACCGCUGCGCCAAUGGGACCAGUAAGAACAGCAAGGGGACGAUGACGGCAAGAAAGCAGAUCACCAAGAUGCUGGCCGUGGUGGUGGUCCUCUUCGCGGUUCUGUGGAUGCCCUAUCGCACUCUGGUGGUGGUCAACUCCUUCAUCCAGCCACCGUUCCACAACUCCUGGUUCCUCCUCCUUUGCCGCAUGUGCAUCUACUGCAACAGUGCCAUCAACCCAAUCAUCUACAACCUCAUGUCCCACAAGUUCAGAGUGGCUUUCAAGAAGCUGUGCGCCUGCUCCCGAGAAGAGGACAAGACCGCGGAGAUCCACACUCCCAUUUUUUUUACUGUCCAGAGGGAUGUGUCCAAUGAAAGCCACCUGACCUUGACGGAACCAGAGGAGGAUGAGGAUGGACAGCCGAGCAUGAGGAAGAUGCACAAGCGUGAUAAAAGUACAAUGGCAGCGUUAUAUAAUCAGUAG